UCGAUUUAUCACUCAGGAGGACUAGAAGAAUUGGACGUAAUCAUGGCUCUGGUGGCAGCAUUUGAUAAGCAACUUCUACUACUUGUCGCUGAAUAUGAGAUGAUUUGGAGGAAAGAUGAUUCCCCUGACUCUUCCAUUUGGGUGGACGCUGCAUUUAAGCAAAUAGUAAUGCUCUUGAGUCUGGAAUUUCCCGGUCACUUCCCAGAUGAAUAUUUUUUUCUAUCAUACGUGAAACGAAGAUGGCAGAUAUUGAGGAGGUGGUGGUUUCAGCAUCAUCGAGAGUAUACACACACUUCAAACACCUGCCCGUCAGCACGUGCCUCGGAGCGUUGCAAUGCCAUGGCAUUUCUCGUACAGUCAAGCAAUAAUUAA